UGACGGCCCGCCGCCCGAGGACGCGAGCGGCCUGCAGGCCGUGUGCCCGGUGACAGACGCGUGCGGGGGAACUGCGGCUCCCGGGGGGCGGGGUGCGCGUGGCCCCGGCGGGGCCCUUCCUCCGCGCCCGGUGCGCCCUUUCCCCGCGGGAGCUGAGGGCUAGGGGAGGCGGGCCCGGCAUCUGCCAAGGGCGCCUGUGCCGGGGGUCCGGCCGGGGUCUGCGCAUCCAGGCCUCUGGAGAGGGAGGCACGGGCGCAGGUUGGAAGUAGGUUUCUCAGGGCGAAGCUCCCAUUGGCCUGCUGGAGGACGGAGGCCCAGGAUGCGUUUGCCCGGCUGGCGCUUUUCAAGAGGCUGUCAGAAGCCAAAAGAAGUGCUAAACAGAAAUGUUUGAGCAUCUGAGUAUCAGAGUCAGCCGGUUGUCCCUUUGCCAGAGUAGCGGCAGACCUGGUUUUUGGAAUGGGGAUAGCUUGGGGACAGGGCACAGGUAUUUAAAAUGUGCAGGACCAUUACGUUUGUGUUCAGAAUCAUUAAAAAGGUGAAUGUAUCCAGUCUCUAGGUUGUGGCAUAAGCGUCGGAGGUGAAGGAGGAUUUUGACAGCAAAGGAUAGAGGAUCACAAGUGGAUUGAGCACCGGCCAAUUCUGAACGGCUGGUGCAUGACCUAACUCUAUGCUCUUUAUUCUUCAUUGCUUUUUUCAAGACUUCUCGGGGACCGGUGGCUACCAUCUUCUCUUUGGCCUAGGACCUGAUGAGGAUUUUGGUGAUCUUGGAGAGGUGUCAGAAUUGGAGCCUUAGAAUAAAGACAUGCUAAUGAGAUGAGCUGGUUUCCCAGCAGUGUGUCCAGUCUGUGCCAGGUGGAAGCAGGGACCAGACAAUGGACCUGCACCCUGCAGAGUGUCUGCGAGAGCUGUGUUUCUCGAUGCUUUUGUGCCAAAGCAUGAAUCCUUGCCGAGAUGAAGAUGAUUAAGAGCUGUUUAAAAACAGUCUGAGAGAAAGCUGCGUACCUUUAGCGUUUUAAUAAAACUCUAGCUAAUUACGGCUAUAUGAAACCAAUGCUAAAAGAAGCAUGCACUUUGCUUUUUAAUAGACAAAAGUAUGCACAAGUAUUUAUGGGUGGGUUUUGUUCCCCCACCCCCGAAAUCACUUAGCAUUUAUUGAUCAGAAUGUGGAGCAUGUUUUGCUGAGCUUGGAGAUUUGGGUGGAGUUUGCAGUCUCAGAAGAGGAGUCACCCUCCCUUCACGUGUGGGAAUUAGUAUAGGUAUAUCUCUAGAAGGCUGUUCUCAAAAGGAUAGUAAUACACGUAUGAAUCUCGGAUGAUGAUCUUAAAAGGAUCAGAAGGCCAAACUAAAACUUUUCUUAACCAACACACUCAGUGCUGACUGUCCAAAAUAAUCCUCUCCACUUCAUCCUUGUUUCAUAUAAGUGUUAACUAGUUGUAAAUAAUUUCUAAUUGGAAGUUAUGUAUGUGAGAAAUCUUUACAGCAAGGGGACCACAUUAUUUAUGUUGAAGAUAAAACACAAAAAGUAAGAAUCAGGGGCACCUGGGUGGCUCAGUCGGUUAGGCGUCUGACUUUGGCUCAGGUCAUGAUGGGGCUCCCUGCUCGACAGGGAGUCUGCUUUCUUCCUCUUUGUAACCCCCCAUGUUUCUCUCUCUCUCUCAAACAAAUAAAAUCUUAAAAAAAAAAAAAAAAAGAAUCAGAACAUUCUGGUCCCAGUCAGCAAACCUUUGUGUACUUGAAAAUUUCCCCAGACUUAUACAUGCUCUAGUCCGGAGGCAUCUCCUACCCUUCAUCUGAUCUUUAAAUUGACCUUUUGUUUUGUAGGAUGAUAGUAUUGUAGACCUAAAAGGAACCUUUGAGAGAAUUUGGCCCAAGAUCCCUUCAUCUCGACCGGAAGCUAUUUUGCCAGCCACUUCAUUAUGGGAGGAGAGAAAUUUGACUCCACGCACCCUGAAGGUUACCUCUUUGGAGAGAACAGUGAUCUGAACUUUCUGGGGAACAGACCAGUAACGGUCUGGACCCGAACCCAUGGUAUCUCUGAGUUUCCUUAUGCUGCCCCACCUCCCCAAGAGCCUGUGAAGACUCUAAGAAGCCUGGUCAACAUCCGGAAGGACACACUAAGACUCGUAAAGUGUGCAGAGGAGGUGAAGACCCCUGGAGAAGAGGCCGGCAGAGCUAAAGUCCACUACAACGUGGAGUUCACCUUUGACACUGAUGCUCGGGUGGCCAUCACCAUCUACUAUCAGGCCACAGAAGAGUUCCAGAAUGGGAUUGCCAGCUACAUCCCCAAAGACAACAGCCUGCAAUCGGAGACGGUGCAUUACAAGCGGGGCGUGUGUCAGCAGUUCUGCCUGCCCUCCCAUACCGUGGACCCCUCCGAGUGGGCGGAGGAGGAGCUUGGCUUCGAUCUGGACCGAGAGGUUUACCCUUUAGUGGUCCACGCCGUGGUGGAUGAAGGAGACGAGUAUUUUGGCCAUUGCCAUGUACUCCUAGGCACUUUCGAAAAGCACACAGAUGGGACUUUCUGCGUCAAGCCCCUCAAACAGAAACAAGUGGUAGAUGGGGUCAGCUACCUCCUUCAGGAGAUCUAUGGAAUUGAAAACAAGUACAACACACAAGAUUCUAAGGUGGCUGAGGACGAAGUAAGCGAUAACAGUGCUGAGUGUGUGGUGUGUCUCUCAGAUGUCCGGGACACCUUGAUUCUGCCCUGUCGCCACCUUUGCCUGUGUAACACGUGUGCCGACACCCUUCGCUACCAGGCCAACAACUGCCCCAUCUGCCGACUGCCCUUCCGGGCGCUGCUUCAGAUCCGGGCCAUGAGGAAAAAAUUGGGCCCCUUGUCCCCCACCAGCUUUAACCCCAUCAUCUCAUCCCAGACGUCUGACUCAGAAGAGCAUUCGUCCUCAGAGAACAUUCCGCCGGGCUAUGAAGUGGUGUCUCUUCUGGAAGCCCUCAAUGGGCCCCUCACCCCAUCCCCAGCGGUCCCUGCCCUCCACGUGCUUGGAGAUGGCCACCUGUCAGGAAUGCUGCCCUCCUACGGCAGCGAUGGCCACCUGCCCCCUGUCAGGACGCUCUCCCCGCUCGACCGCCUGUCUGACUGCAGCAGCCAAGGGAUCAAGCUCAAAAAGAGUCUCUCCAAGUCUGUUUCCCAGAACUCUUCCGUGCUGCAUGAAGAGGAAGAUGAGCGUUCUUGCAGCGACUCAGAGACCCAGCUCUCUCAGAGGCCAUCAGCCCAGCAUCUGGAAGAGGAAUGUGGUGUAAGCCCAGAAAGUGAGAAUCUUACCCUGUCAUCCUCGGGAGCUAUUGACCAGUCGUCUUGUACAGGGACGCCUCUCUCUUCCACAAUCUCCUCCCCAGAAGACCCUGCCAGCAGCAGUCUGGCCCAGUCGGUCAUGUCCAUGGUGUCUUCCCAGAGCCAGCACUCCCAGAUCAGCACCGACACGGUCUCCUCCAUGUCUGGCUCCUACAUCGCCCCGGGCACUGAGGAAGAGGGAGAGGCUCUCCCUUCACCCCGGGCCGCCAGCAGGGCCCCCUCAGAAGAAGGAGAGGUGACGCCAUCCUCAUCUCCGGACAGCAACUUCGUCGGCCUCGCCGCUGAAGAGCAGGACGCCGAGGGAAAUGAUGUCAUAGAGGAAGAGGACAGAUCGCCCACACAAGAAGAUGGCCAGAGGACAUGCGCAUUUCUAGGUAUGGAGUGUGACAAUAACAAUGACUUUGGCAUCGCCAGCGUGAAAGCACUGGACAAUAAGCUGUGCCCUGAGGUCUGCUUACCCGGUGGACGAGGUCAAAACCGGCCUCCUGAUUUCACGGCAGAGAUCACCCUCCACGUUGUGGUGUUUGUAAGCUCUCUUCGACACCCCUGAAACGAAGACUUACUUGAACUUCAGGACAGCCACGUCACAUCAUGGGUCCAGUGCUUUACUCGCUCAGCGAAGCGUCUAGAGGCGUUGGAGCGGCGCAGCCUCCUGUGGCGGCCGCGGUCCGUCAGCCCGUGAGAGACACCGGGCCUCGCAUGCCCGGCCCCACACAGGCUGGUGGCCAGGAAGCCGUAAUUCCCAGAACAUGCUUUCUCCAGCCUUUCAAAGGCCUCUCUUUGGUUGUUUUCUAUUUAGUGUGUCCUGAAGAUACUGCCCAGGACGCUUCAUGUUCCGUGAGGCCAAAAGAUGCCAUGUCAAUCCUGCUGCUUCUCCCGCCUGCCGGCGGAGGGGCAUGGACCCAGUCAGGCCUGGACUGGAGCUGUGGGGCCCGGGCACACGUCAUCUCCUGCCUUCCCACUCCUCACCUCGCUUCCGUCUGUCCAUUUGUUUUUCACGUCUUUUUGCCAAACGUAAAUCUGUCUGUCUGGUUUGUUUCUUUUGAAGCUCAUUUCUGUUACGUAGCCUUCGUGUGGAAGUUCACGUUCACCGCGCCAGCCCUGUCCCCGCCCCCUGGCCACGCUGUGUCCGACACCGCGCUUGCCGGGCGUGCGCACGUCCCAGAGGCUCCUGCUUACGUUGCCAGCCCUGACUGGCAAGGGCCUGCAUUUGAUAGGUUCUCUGAGAAAAAGUGUUUGCAAAGGUAUAUUAAUCCCUGCUCCACAAAAUACGGGGAUGCUUCUGUGGCAAGCGUAAUGAGGAGGAUUUGAUUUGGCAUUCCUGUGUCAUUAGUCGGGAAAGAUGACAUCUCUGUCCUCUCUGCCCUGUGUCUGUGGCCGCUCCAUAGCAGCCAUCCUUUGACUAGGCUCCUGCCUCCCUCGAGGGGCGCCCCCACCCACUGGUCAGAGGAUUUGGUCAGAGGGAGCUGCUGGGAACAGUUUUAGCCAACCGUGCUGGUGGAAAUGGAGCUUGUUCCUUCUGCUUCCUCCUCCUCCUGACCCCCUGCAGCCAGCCUGCUUGGUGAUCUUUAUUCCACUUACGGGAUUGCUUGCAGGAAGAGGAGGGAACCCCUGGGGUUCCUUACGGUGCUCUCAAGAGCCAGUGGGCUGAGAUGAGACUAGGUCCACAGUCCAGGCCAGUCGUGCAACCAAAUGCCUGUGACGCCUGUCGGGAGAGCGACGCAGGUGGAAGCACUUGAGGUGUCCCCUUGUACCCUCCCCAGAGGUCCCAAGGGCUCUUGCGGGAGAGGGAAAGCACGUCUGCUUUCUUGGUAAAAGGUUUGUCUGCUUCUGGUCUUAGCAUCACACUCAUAGCAACCGGAUGGGGAACUCUCCAGAAGCCUCUGUUGGGUUAGUAGCAGGAGUAUCCACUUUGAUAGUCCCGUGGAAUAAAUAGGCCUCUUCACGCUCAGCUGUAAGUUCAAACUUCCAUCCUGUGACUGAGACACCCGCGGGCUGACUCAGCUCCAUGUUCUGCGGCCGUCAGGACAACUUCUCAGGCACUUGGUCUCUGCUUGAGUCUUGUUUCCCUCCAAGUGGCGCCGCUCCCUUCGUGGAGGGCUGAGGAGAAGUGGAGCCGCGGGGAGCAUCCCACGCUCUCCCCUGUGCCACAUGCCGCCCUCCCCAUCCUCACGCACGCUCUGCCGGGAGACCCAGCUGAUGACAAAGACUACGCGGGUCCCCAUCCUCACCACUCUCAUCACACUCAUGGGAGUGUCACUGAGAGGGCACCUGUGUCCUGCCAGCCCUUUUUCCCCUAAGAAGCUUCUUUUUUUUUUUUUAAGAGUUUAUUUAUUUAUGUGACAGAGAGACAGCCAGCGAGAGAGGGAACACAGCAGGGGGAGUGGGAGAGGAAGAAGCAGGCUCCCAGGGGAGGAGCCCGAUGUGGGGCUCGAUCCCGGAACGCCGGGAUCACGCCCUGAGCCGAAGGCAGAUGCUUAACGACUGUGCUACCCAGGUGCCCCCCCUAAGAAGCUUCUGAGCCUUCUUGGGCCCCAAGACCAAGGGGGGGGCGUGUUCUGAGAUUGUUCUCCAAGGUCUCAAAGGGAGGAAGUCGAAGGUGAUGGAUGCAGGUGGUGAGCAGGUUAGAGUCGUGAAGCCAGGCUGAGUAGAUGUGGUUCCAGGGAGUUGGGUGGACUAUCACACAGGUGGCAGCAGAGUGACCAGGGGACCAGUGAUGAGUCUGUGAACAGGUUCUGCGUAGUGUAUGUGAUGGGGGAAAAAAAAGAAAAGCAAAAAUCAUUUGGGUUUGUUGGUGGAAAUAGAAAUAUAUUUUUAAAUGACCUCAUUGUGCAGGAGUGGACAUUACCCAUGAAACCUAACAGUACCUACAGAAACCUGCAGUUCAGUUCACGCCUCUCUUCGAGCCCGUAACCCGAGGCAGAGAUGCUGCUAGGAAAGUUUACGCUUCAUAGACAUGAAGGGAAAAUCUGAAUUCAGUUUCUCUUUCCACUGGAAACUCUUUGAGACAAUCAGACUAUUCUAGCGCUUACAUCGAGCUUGGUAGAGGCAGGAAAAGGGGGUGCGGAAUUCCCCUAAAUAUGCUCCCCAAGCCUACCUCUAGAGGUCUCUCUGCUCUCCCAUUUCUCCUACUGUAGAUGGGACUCGAAGGGAAGGCACCUUGAUCCAUCUCCAGAAGGAGUUCAGUCACCACCUCCGGCGUGUGGCUGGAGGGCUGGACGCGGGGGCAGGCAGCAGCAGCAGGGCUUUGCUGAGGGCCCAUCAGCCCCCUGGCCGGGGGGAGGGCACCUCAUUAGCGCUGCGCGACCUCCCCCUCGCCGCCAAGUGAGCCAAAAAGCCAGGGAGCGCAGAUGCGUGAGCUCUGAGUCUUGAGGCUAUUCCGGAGGAACGGUUCUCGGCCCUGGCUGAGGGUUCUCGAGUGGUGGAGUUGGGUAGCAGGG